UUGUGACAACUGCUUGUCUGUUUUGAGUUUUCUGCCAGAGUUUAACGUGAUUAGAAAAGGUUAAAAGGAUGUGAAAGACUUGUGUCAUUUAUAGUUCAUUGGCUGAUAAAUUGUGCUUUUGUCUAUAGUGGAAGUACCAUACAUACUUGCAUCUUCAUGGUCUUACAAACAUGACCCCAAAUAAUAGAAUAACUGAAAAAGGCAAGGGACAAUGACUUAUAAUGUUUGGUCAUUGAAUAUGAUAACACAAUCUAUAAAGCAUGGCAUGGCAAUAAAAUGGCCGAUGUACUUCCUUGUAAGUAUGACUUCCAUUUGCUUGCAUUUGUUGUUUAUUUUAUUUACACCUUUUGAAAAGGUUGGCCUGUAUAGGUCCAGUAUUUAGGCUUAGCCUCCACUUUAUUGGCCUCAUUUUAAGAUUAAGCGAUGUGGUUGAAAUAUUUUUUUAUCUUGACACCAUUUCACCAUCAUCAUUUAUAAUGUUUAAGCCUUGGACAUAGUUUAUCAUGAAAUAGCUUUAUUGUUCAUGGACAUUGAAGAAGGCUAUCUAAGAAAAAUAACAAAAAAACACGUUUGAUUAGUCACACCUUUAGAUAGCUUGUUGUAAUGUUACCCAAGAUUACGUCAUUUUAACCCACAUGGGUUGGUUAAAUGACGUCAUGGAAGUGUGUGACUUUAAUUAAUAACUACGGGAUGGGUUAAGGUCCAACUCUUAUGCGCUGUCAUGAUGUGCCUUUGAUUAAAAACAUGUCAUGCUGCAUGUGUUUCAGGCAGGGCCGACCGAAGAAGAUGGGGACCGUUAUACACACUUUGAAACAUGAAUAGAGAUCCAUGCUGUGGCACAAUGUGGUUAUUUUAAUGCGUCAACGCUGGGCCUUUCAUUUCACAUUCCUAAAGAUGCAAUUAAAUGCAACAGCAUGUCAAAGUAGUUCUUUGAGUAGGGAUGGUUUAUAUCAUUUGAAAACCACAGACUACAGCCCCAUGGAAAGGGAGAAGUGAACCCAAUCAGGGAUUAAAAACUUGACUUCUUGGCAGGUAGUUCACACAUUUACUGGGACAGACAGACAGACGUUGUAUUUUUCUUCAAUCAACCUGAUAACUUCUUUGCAUUUGUUUUCACUGUAGGCCCUAGAUGGCUUCAGUACCAGAAAUUACAGAUGUGUUGGGAUGACAGCUGGAUUAUGGACUACAAGAACAUCAAGUUUGGCAACAUUGAGCAUUUCUACAAUCGUUAACGACCACAGGUGAACUGAAUCAGUUGGCGGAUGGAAUGUUGCAAACGAGGAACUCAACCAAAACCCUACCAAGACUCUUAGUUGUAGGGCAGGAUUUUGGCAGAUCCACUGUUGUAGUUACACAACAAUUUAAAGAGCAGUUUAUUCAUUUACAAACAUGUAGAGAGAUUGCUUUUCCUUCAUGCCCCUCUGUGAUUUAUACCCUAUAGCACAAGGCUGAAUGCCUUAUAUAUAUUUGAAGGACAGAAUACCAUUAUGGCAUCUAAAACGUAAUCAAUAAUCAAUAUGUUAUAACUACCUUAUGCAAAGCUUGUUUAUAAACAGUUUAAUCCAAUUUAAAAGGUUUUCUUCUCAAAUCCCGUAUGGUUUUGAAGAUCUUGCUUAAAAAGCAGCCAGGGCCCCGUUUCAAGAAUGUCAUAAUUCUGGGUUUCAGAUACCAAGAUUAGACUUCUCUCAGUUCAGUCACCAUGGAUAAUCAAUGCUGGGAGCCCAAUGAAACCAACUUGGUACAGAGCAGGUUUAAAUUACUCUGCGCACAACCGUAGUGGUGACUACUUCCUAUCAUCAUUGUAGAUAAUGCCAACCAACAACCAAACGAUUGCAAUCAAAUGUGUAUCGUUUAAUCCACCUUGUUUGUAUGCUAUGCACAAGACUACUUCAAGCAGCAGUGCUACUGUGUGUUUGGGUGUUUCAUAAUCCGGUUGCUUCUGUAUACAAUCUUUUUUCUUAUUGCAGUGGCGCUAGUGGUCCAGCGGUGGCGCUAAUUGGUGCAUUUGGGGAAAUUACAUUUUAUUGAAUUUAUCUAAUCAAUCAACCUCCCGUGACGAAUCUAGAGUCUGUAGUAAUAAGGAUCACAUUUUCAUUGUGCCAUAGAUGAUGACUUUUGAAGCAACACACAUUUUUCAGGUUCAAUCUGAGUUUGACUGAACUCAUUCUUUGAAAUUAAAAUCAGCUGUUCUGACAGAAAAUCAUGACUAUUCAGUUUUCUGGAUUAAGUUUUUAAAUACAUCCUCAGCUGAUUCUUGGAAAUGGGCCCCUGAUUGUGUGCCUUUAUAUUUAUUCACCCCUCAGAUUGUUGUUGUGUUCUUUGGAUUGAGGGUUGGGUCCUAUAGGUUGGUCAAGGUGAACAGAGGCACCUUGUGAGCCAGUCUAUUCAUAAGCACUGAUUGUAGAGCCUCUUAUCCUGAUUGGACAUUUAGGCUUUUCAAUAGAAGAGGUACAGGAAGAUGCUCUUUCUCUCACACACACACACACACACACACACACACACACACACACACACACACACACACACACACACACACACACACACACACACACACACACACACACACACACACACACACACACUCAGAAGAAGCCCUGAAACACACUCACACUUUUGAGAUACACCGUCGUACAGUCAAGUUGAAGCUCAGUUCCUGCUAGUAACGCCAUCGUCCCUGAUGGCUCUGUGGACAAUCUCCCUCCUCGCUCUCUUUCUGGUAGGUAACCUAAAAUCAUGUGUGUUGUUAAAAAAAAGGGGGGCUUUUGCUAUGGUAGACUUAUACCACCACAGCCUGGCAGCUAUAGCAUGUUCUAUAUUAGCCCUGUUGCGGUGCCAUAAGAAUCGUACAGUGAUCAUGACAUAAGGACACUGCUGUUGUAAAUCACAGUGGGAUGGUUAAACUAACCAAUAACUGAUAGCGCUCACAUUGUGUGGCCAUUGUCAUAGGAUCCCUGGUGCUUUUGUUUUCUUGUCAAAAACACAUGUGCUCCCGGCUAUUGCUGCGUGUUCAUGUCAUACGUGACUAUGUUUGUUGUUCAUGGGCUCUGCUUGCCUGCCCAACUACCUUUGACCUGUUUUUAUAAAAGAUGUUGGCAGAUUGAAUAAUUUUGUGUACACUAUAUUUAAUUUUGUGUACACUAUAUUUUCUUUCUGAGGAUAAGGUACAAGGUUCUGGAUUGGAUUCUACCAAAGGAUAUUGGAUUGGCCUUUUAGUAGAUUUGGCAGAUUUAUACAUCUUUUCGUGUAUAAUGAUGGUAUUAACCAUGACAACUUGGUACUUGAACCGGACUGUAAAGAGCCGACACUUGAUGGAUCCUCUUGUAGGGAGUUCAUGGCUGGCAUGACCUGGAUAACAGAGAGUUUGACUGCUGGCCAAUGGACAACCCAAAUGAUUUCAACAUGAUCAGCUGCCAAGGCCUUGAGAUGGCCUGGGUGUUGCGUCCCCCAGAGAAGGUGUUCAACGGAGAGGAGUUUAACGUCACGUACACGGUGACUGCCUCGGAUUCCUUCUACGAAUACGCAGCCAAGAACCAGAUUUUCCACUUCAGUGAAGUGUCGGAGGUGAGGCAGUUCUGCGAUCACCAUGAAUGUCCUUCCAACUGGAACAACGCCAACGAGAUUAACUGCUGCGUGUACCACGCCAACAUCCACUCCUGUCCCCUGGGACUUAUGAAACAAGGAGGAAUCUGUGGCCCGUGGAUCCCUGACGACGGUAAAAUAGUGACCCACACCUUAUCCAAAGCUGGCAAGAUGUCCCAGAAAUUCUGGACUUCAAAGGUGGUCUUGAUCCACAUGGGAGUCACCUCAGUGAUCGCUCAUAUCAAAAUAGGGAAGAUGCACGCAGCGCUGGAGUCCAAAGUCAUGGUGGUCAGCGCCCAAGUGUGUGGGGACGACGUGUGUGAGCUGGAAGAGACGUGUCUGAACUGCCCGGCAGACUGUGGCGUCUGCCCCAUGUCCCUGACCAUCAAGAUGGCCAUCGGCCUGCCGCUCGCACUCUUCUGCUGCGGCUUCAUUCUCACUGUAGUGUGGCUUUGGUACCAGAAACAAAAAAUGUUUUGGGACGAGAGCUGGAUCAUCAACUACAAGAACAUCAUGUUUGGUAAAGUGUGUUACAUGGGCUUCUGCAGUACCACAAGCCUCCAGCAGGGGAAGAGUAACUCCAGCAUCAGCCGCAACACCGAUACGACGGUGUGCACCGUGGUCAACACCUGCUUCCAGCCCGGCUUCAUCCAACCGGGCAUCUAUGAUGGACGGACGGUGGCAGUGAAACACAUCCAGAAGAAACAUUUCACAUUGUCCAAGACCAUCAGGAAGGAGGUGAAGGAAGUCCGGGAACUGGACCACCCAAAUCUGUCCAAAUUCAUCGGGGGCUCGAUCGAGGUGCCCUACAUCAGCAUCAUCACAGACUACUGCCCUAAGGGAAGCCUGUCUGACGUCCUUCUGAAUGGGGACAUCCCUAUCAACUGGGGCUUCAGGCUCUCGUUCGCGACUGACAUCGCCCGCGGCAUGGCCUACCUGCACCAGCACAAGGUGUUCCACGGGCGCCUGCACUCCAGGAAUUGCGUCAUCGAUGAUCGCUGGGUGUGCAAAAUCUCAGACUAUGGCCUCACAGCCUUCAGGAAGGAGGACUUUGAGGGAGUGAGCUCUGGCUUCCCCUGUGGGGACGUCAACCAUCUGUACUGCGCUCCAGAGGUGCUGCUGGGAAACAGCACCAACGCCACUGCGGUAGCAGACGUCUACAGCUACUCUAUGAUCCUCGUUGAGAUAGCGACACGCUCUGACCUCAUCUCAGAGCAGGAGCAGGGCGAGGGGGGGAAGAUGGACAUCAUGUGGCGCCCCCCGCUGCCCGAGCUGAAGGCCGGCAAGGCGGACACGGACUGCCCCAACAGAGAGGACUACUGCGAGCUCAUCAAGAAGUGCUGGUCCGAUAACGUCACCUUGAGGCCCACAUUUGAGCAGGUGAAGAAGAUGCUGGACAAGAUGAACCCCCACAAAGUCAGCCCCGUCGACAUGAUGAUGAAUCUGAUGGAGAAGUACAGCAAGCAUCUGGAGGCUAUAGUGGCAGAGAGAACUCAGGAUCUCCUUCAAGAGAAGCAGAAGACAGACCGCUUGCUAUACAGCAUGUUACCAAAGCCAGUGGCCGAUGACCUCCGGCAGGGCAGGACCGCAGAGGCUCAGAGUUACUCCAAAGCUACCGUUUAUUUCAGUGACAUCGUCGGGUUCACCCAGCUGUCUGGCGCCAGCACGCCACACCAGGUGGUGGACUUCCUCAACCAGCUCUACACCACCUUCGAUGACAUCAUCGACAACUACGACGUCUACAAAGUGGAGACCAUCGGUGACGCUUACAUGGUGGUCUCCGGGGUGCCGAACGAAAACGGCAUCAACCACGCGGGCGAGAUAGCGAGCAUGGCUCUGGAUCUGGUCAACGUCUGCCACGCCUUCAAGAUCCCGCACAAGCCCACCACCCAGCUCAGGAUACGAGCCGGCAUACACUCAGGACCUGUUGUGGCUGGUGUGGUUGGCACCAAAAUGCCCCGCUACUGCCUGUUUGGAGACACAGUGAACACGGCCUCACGCAUGGAGUCUACCAGCGAGGCUCUAAAGAUCCAGGUGAGUGGCACCACAGCUGACCUUCUGCACACCCUGGGUGGUUACGUUCUGAUGUGCAGGGGCCCGCUCGUCGUCAAGGGUAAAGGGGAGAUGACGACUUGGUGGCUCCAAUCAAGAACAAACGAGCCCAAAGACGUCCUGCUCAGAGGCUCCAACACUGAACUGCAAGAGGUCCCGGUGCCAGUUAGCAACUAGCUUGCUGGCCUAGCAUAACACAAAUACACACAGGGACUUACAUGUUAGAUAUUUUGUGUAACGUACGGCCAAUUCAUGUAACAAAUAUCAGAUUUUCUUUCGUAACAUUUGUGUUCAAAUCGAUUAUUUUGUUUCAGACCAAUGAAUGACCAUGUAGCGAACGUAGACCAUGUAGCCUCAGUGGCGGAUCUAGACAAUUUGACAUGGUGUGGCAAGAGGUCUGGCAGGGGGGCAUAGGACCGCAGUACGUGGGAAGAGUCCCAAUACGUAAAAUGGCUUUUACAAUAACAAGAACACGAAAAUACAUACGUACAUAAAAACAUACAUUUUCAACUAUUUAUUGUUACAGUAUAUCAUGCCAUAACACAUACAGACUUCCCAAGUUUGUAAAUGCACAACAGGAACAAACCCAUUGUUACAACAAAACUGUGUGUCUCUUGAAAGUAGAAGUAGCCUAUUAAUAGCAACAUUUAAAUAUGAAAUAUAUGAAAUGUACAAUAAUUUCCUGUGGAGUAUAAAUCUGAAACCGAGGCCGUGGUUAAGUAUUUGAGGGGCAGGGACCUGAGAUUACAUUUCCAAUAGAGCGCAACAGUGACCGCCCCCUUAUGAACGGCUCUGCUUCCGGAAGUAAAUUUCCCAUUCAUUUUCUCUAUUGACUUUUCAGAAAAUCGUCAUAUUAAGAGUUUGAAGCCUAACCAAUCAUUUCUCAGGUUAGGCGUGACCAUAAUACAACUGAUUCGGGGCAAAAAAAAGAGAAAACUGGAAAAAAAGGCAAAGGUACAAGACUGUGUACAUUAUUCCAACCGAAUAGUUUAGCGCAUUUCUUGCAUCUUAUAACUUUUGUCAUUACUAUAGUGUUUAUACUGUUAAUAAAAUU